CUACCAACCCCCCCAGCGUUUAGUCUGGACCGGCAGCCUGGCUGGCUGCCCCCCUUACAGGUGGAUGAAUGAAGACCCCAUUCAAGAGCCCAGGGGCCCCGCGGCCCCCCCGAGCAGACGGGGGACAUUCUGGCGUUUCUGCAAACAUGAUGAAGAAGAAGAACUCUCACAAGAAACAGAGGACCAGUGUUGGUCCCAGUAAGACUCUGGCUCAGCCCAGAAGGAACAUAGUGGGCUGCAGGAUCCAGCACAUCUGGAAGGAGGGCAGUAAAUCGUCCCAGUGGAAGGGGACGGUCCUGGACCAGGUCCCCGUCAACCCGUCGCUCUACCUGAUCAAAUACGACGGCUUCGACUGCAUCUACGGCCUGGAGCUGUACAGCGAUGAGAGGGUGGUGGGGCUGGAGGUCCUGCCCGACAGAGUGGCUCCGGCCCGCGUGAGCGACUCGAUGCUGGCGGAGACGAUGAUCGGCAAAGCGGUGGAGCACAUGUUUGAGACGGAGGACGGGCCGAAGGAGGAGUGGAGGGGGAUGGUGCUGGCCCGAGCCCCCAUCAUGACCGCCUGGUUCUACAUCACCUACGAGAAGGACCCGGUCCUCUACAUGUACCAGCUGCUGGACGACUACAAGGAGGGAGACCUGCGCAUCAUGCCCGACUCCAACGACAGCGUGGCGGCGGAGCGGGAACCCGGCGAGGUGGUCGACAGUCUGGUGGGCAAACAGGUGGAGUACGCCAAAGAGGACGGCGGGAAGCGGUCGGGUAUGGUGAUCCACCAGGUGGAGGCCAAGCCCUCUGUCUACUUCAUCAAGUUCGACGACGACUUUCACAUCUACGUCUACGACCUGGUCAAGACCUCCUAAGACCAGAACGCCCGGUCCAGGACCCCCCCCCCCUUUCCCCAAAAAAAGACUUACUGAGACCUGCUUAGACCCACCAAACCCCCCCCAGUGAAGAAAAACUACAACUCCACGAACUCUAGUGACACCUGAGACAGAUGAUAUCAUUCUUUACUCUUUCUUUUAUGAAACGCCUUAAAACAAGAGAAACAUACAUGGUUAUGUAAGCCCCGCCUCCUUACCAAGACAGGAAGACUGCGACCGAGACGGGACGACUGCGACCGAGAUGGGACGAGUACGACCGAGACGAGUCAUCUGUUAUUCAUCAUAAGUGUCCAGACUUCUUUAGACCCUGUUAGGAAGUUUCCUGGUUCGAGCUCCCGAAAGAAGACCAGCGACCCCGUCUUAUUUGGAAUAACCUGGAACAUUUGUGGCAAUAAUAAACAGAAAUGUGGCUAAAAAUUGAAAACAACAAAUUAAAUCUGGUUCAGUUUUAAAACCUCUUUGAGGAUCCGAUCCUGAGGUCCUCAAAUAUCAUUCGCUCCAGAGUCAAAGCAGGUCUGGAACUGUUUCAAGUGAACAGGAAGACCUCCUCCCUCCCCUUUUUCCUGAAACCAUUUCAGACCGCUUGAGACCGCCGUGGGGGGGCGGCGGGGGAGGAUUGGGAGUUGGUCCGGUCUGAGUCUGUGGGGGUUCAUGAAGGACCGGGUCUUCGGGAAGACGGAAAGCUGAACCAUCGUCUGUCUCCAUCUGCAUUUAUACAGAAGGUCUACGUGGUCACAUGGAAGGAACUCGUCCAAUCACAGAGCAGUUUGCUGACCCCGCCUCCCUGCAGGUCACCUGU